CCUAGGCUUUUUGGAGCAGAGUGAGGGAAUAAAUAAGCAUAUAUGUUGGCUUUAGGGCCAAGUUGCAAAACCUGUGAGCUCACAUUUGCUGUGAAGAUUUUUCCUCUUCCUAUCCCUUUUCUCUCUUUUUCCUUAGUUUUUUUUCUCUCUCUCUCUCUCUCUCUCUCAAAUUUUUAUUUCUCUUUCUUAAAUUCUUUUUGGAAUUGAAUGUACACUUAAACCCUGCCAGCCUCAGCACCCUGAAAACUCUACUUAAACUGAGCCUGCUCUGCUCUGAGAGGAGUUACAGGCCCUGCUUUUGCAGAUAUCAGAAUGGAAAGAUACACAGUUUCAGCAUCUUUGAAUGGAGAAUUCCCAUUCUCCCAAAGCACAACCCAUCUCAGAGAUGCUUCUUUCUCUUCUUAUAUCUCCAACCCACCUGACCCAAAACUCCAUAUCAGCCCAAAUAACCUUUCUUUAGAAAACCCACUCUCUGAAUUCUCUCAGAUCCCAAAACUCACCAUCAGUUCAAACAUCUCUCUAGAAAACCCAGUUAAUGAAUCCUCUCAGACCCCAAAACUCACUAUCAAUUCAAACAACCUCUCUCUACAAAACCCACCUAAUGAAUUCUUUUCAAAACCAAAGCUGACCAUCCAGCCAAACAGCUUCUCUCUGGAAGACCCACACUCUGAAUUUUCCCAGAACCCAAAACUCAUUAACAAUCCAAACAAUCUCACUCUUGAAAACCCCAUCCCGGCGUCCCUACGAAAACCAGGGAACGUCGGCCGAACAAGAACCAACUACUCAGAGAUAAGCAUUUUUGAUGCAGAGAAAUACUUCAACGGCACAAGCCUCGAGAGAAUUCCUGAAAAGGGCUUAGUUUCAGAGCUUUCGAGGCCCAAAACCAAUGGAGAAAACCUGAAUUUUUCGAUCCCUCGAGAUUCAUCAGCCUCUUCUGCAGAUGGGUUCAGCCGGAAUUACAGGUCUGUUUCUUUCCAUGCUACCCCAACUUCUUCCUCAGAGGCGAGUUGGAAUAGCCAAUCCGGGCUUUUAUGUAAUCCCCCUGGUUCUAUCUCUGUUACGGUGAGAAACUUACCUGUAAAACCGCAAAGGAAAGGGGCUAGCAAAUGGAGUUUUAGCUGCAGGUGCCCCUGUUAUGGCAAGAAAUCAGUUGGGGUUCGAGAGAGAAAGUCAGAAACAAGAAAUGAAGCUUCUUCCAUGGCUGCUUCGACGGAGGGAAGCCCUUCAAGCUCUAGGAAGACACUAGGCCCCAAUGAGAAUUCAAAUUCACAUGCUAGUGAGAGAGAGAAGUCACAGGCUAGUGAGACGGAGAUGUCACAUGCUAGUGAGAGAGAGAUGACACAAGCUAGAGGGAGAGAAACAAAGGUGGUCGCCGGAAAGGUGAAGCCUGCCGGAAAUUGGGAGGCUCAAUCGCCGGAAAUCCAUUUCCGGGCGGAGAUCGGUCGGCGGAAAAUGAAUCCUGAUGCAGGAUUCUCAUUUCCGAUACUCAACCCUAUGGCCGGAAAAUUCGCCGGAAAACCGAAUGGAUUGCCGGAGAAGAGGAUCGACGAUAAACCCCGAGACUCAAUAGAGGUUUUCCAACCAUCUAAAGAGUUGCACGGCCCGCCAGAAUUCAGAAUUUCUGGUGAGGGGCUACGUCGGAGUUUUGGAUUUCCGGCAAGGGGCUUGCUGGAUAACGAGAGGGACGAUGCCGGGAGUGACUCAAGCUCUGACCUUUUCGAGAUCGAGAGCUUCUCAACUGGGAUCACCUCAAGUCUAUACAACAUGAGGGAUUCACUUGAUGAGCUCUCGAGCUGCACCGGAAGUGAAUUUCCAGCAAGAAGGCUCCCCACAAACCCAAAUGCGUCAUUUUUCCGGCAGGGGCCCCAUGAGGAGGCAGUCACCCCAUCAGCUCUGAGUGACUGUUAUGAGCCAAGUGAGGCAAGUGUGGAGUGGAGUGUGACCACAGCCGAGGGGUUCGACAGGGGUAGUAUCAGUAAUUUCACUGUCGACGGGCUCGAGAGGGUCAGUAUCGGUAAUUUUUCGGCCGCCCCCACGGAAUGCGGGGAUCCUAAGGUUUUUGGAGUAAGAGGAUAUAGCGACACCAGAGCCAUAGGCGCUAGCCACAAGAGCAAGAACAAGAGCAAAAGCGGGUUACUAUGGUGCAAGUGUGAAAAAGCAGUGAAUGUAGUGCCCCAACCCAUCAAGGGUGGACCUGACCGAGCCCACCUGGAUCGAGGCAUGGGCUUGGUCAGGGUCCAAGAGGUUUGCAUCACCGAUCCCUCAGCUCACGUAAAUGGGAUAAUGGAUAGGAGGAUGCUAGCUAGGUCCCCGUCUGAGCACUUUUCCCGAGCUCUAGCAACGCAUUAGGUUGGGCUCGGCAGUGUGGGGUGUUGAGUGUAGGUGUGGGUGCAUGUGGGCUCGGAAGGGCUGGUAUGUGUGUGCGUGUACGUGUGAACAAUUUGUAAAAAACCGGUUUGGAACUAUUUAUUUUUAAGUGUGUUUAUCA